AUUCUUACCGAACCUAAAGAUACUAUAUAAAUAAUAUAUAUACUAAGAAGAAUGGGCGAGGGCGUGGUUGGAGAAAGAGCUCCGCCCCCAGUUUGGAUUGAGAAUAAGAGUUGUCAUCAUCCCCUCGAGGAUAAUUAUCUUGAAGUUCUUCAGGAUAAUUCCAUAGAUCUACAGGAGACUGCUCGUUCUUUGAUUCUCCUUGUCGUAACUAUUCUGAUUGUUCUCUCAAACAUAGUUUUCCUGAUCACACUCCACUCCAGCACCUUCUCCAGAAAGAUACCUACUCCAUCUGCUAGUCUUCUAACUGUUUUGUCUACUGCUGAUCUGCUUACUGGAAUCUGCAUAACAGCACUAGCUGUUGAACGGUAUAUGAACCAGGUGGAUCAAGAUCUAUACAAAACUAUGUUUAGCUCGCCGUUGUGUGUUUUGUACAUAACAGUAUGCAUCUGUACAAGCCUAGGAAUGUUCAUACCAGCCUUGAUGUUUCAACAAGGAUUCUACUUUAACGUUUAUUCAUUUGCUAUCUGUGAACCUUACUUUGUUUCACUAAGAAUGUUGGUGCUGACGUCAUGUGUUUACUAUUUCCCCGCAACAAUGAUCGUUAUGUACUGCUACGGAUCAAUAUUUCACUCUCAGAAAUUGAAGAUGAAAAAUAUGGAUGCUCUGAGAGCAACUUUACCCAUGCUAAUCGGAGCAUCAGUAGCUAGUCGUCCCUUACAG